CUUCACCUCUCCUCCUCCCACGCAGACCUCCCAGGCGCCCAGCUCAGCCGGAGGCACACGGAAAAAAGCGUAAAGAGCUCCAUAGUAAACCGGGAGUGAUGAUGAGGAUGAUGAGGGGAGAUACAGUGUGUGGGCAUCGCUGCUUCAUUACCGGCUGCGUGGACGAGAGGAAGGCAUCCACAUGACGCCGUGAGCAUCCAAUCUGUGUUUUGCAGCAUCUUCAGGGAGGAAAUCAAAGGAAUCUGGCUCCUGAUGACAAACUGACUCCAGCAGAGCCAGAAACAGGUUCCCCAUGAGACCUGCCUCUUGGACCAGGUGCUGGAGCUGAUUAUGAACGAGAAGCCCCCCACCAGCGCCAGCCUUUUCCUGAACGAGGACGCCGACAAGCCGCCGCUGCCGGACCGAGGAGACCUGAGGAGACGCCUCCGCCGGGCGAUGGAGAGGAGAGCCAGCAGCAUGAAGGAGAGGAUGAGCUCCGUCAGCAGGGACAACGUCAGGUCUUUCCUCAGGAGGAACCUGUUCGUUCUGUUCACGGUGGCCGCCGUCGCCCUGGGUGUUAUUCUGGGCUUUGCUCUUCGCCCCCACAACCUGUCGCUGAGGGAAAUUAAAUACUUUGCUUUCCCCGGAGAGCUGCUGAUGAGGAUGUUACAGAUGUUGGUGCUGCCGCUGAUCAUCUCCAGUCUGGUCACAGGUAUCUCCUCCUUGGACAGUAAAGCUUCAGGUAAGAUGGGUGUCCGUGCGGUCGUCUACUACAUGGUGACCACGCUGGUCGCUGUGUUCAUCGGCAUCGUCAUCGUCAUCAUCAUCCGGCCGGGGAAAGGCAGCAGGGACAGUCCUGUGGCCAAAACUGGAAACAUCGAGCCGGUUCAGGCAGCUGAUGCUUUUCUGGAUCUCAUCAGGAACAUGUUUCCCCCCAAUCUGGUAGAAGCCUGUUUCAAGCAGUAUAAAACCACGUACAAGAAGAUUAUUCGCACGAGGAACGUGACAGUGACCCUGAAUCUCACUGAAUCUCUCAACAUGACCGAGUCUAACUUGAACCUCAGCCGGGUGCUGCACACCAUACAGGAGACAGUGGAGGAAACGGUUCCGGUGUCGGGCUCCUCGUCUGGAGUGAACGCUCUGGGUCUGGUGGUCUUCUCCAUCUGCUUCGGUCUGGUCAUCGGCAACAUGAAGCAGCAGGGUCAGGCUCUGAGAGACUUCUUCGACUGCCUGAAUGAAGCCAUCAUGAGGCUGGUGGCCGUCAUCAUCUGGUACGCUCCAGUGGGAAUCCUGUUCCUGAUUGCAGGGAAGAUUGUGGAGAUGAAGGAUCUGGCUGAGGUUGGCGGUCAGCUGGCGAUGUACACGGUGUCGGUCAUCGUCGGCCUCCUGAUCCACGGACUCUUCAUUCUGCCGCUGCUCUACUUCCUGGUGACCAGGAGGAAUCCUUACAGCUUCAUCGGCGGCCUGCUGCAGGCGUUAAUCACGGCUCUGGGAACCUCCUCCAGCUCUGCCACUCUGCCAAUCACCUUCCGUUGCCUUGAAGAAAACAACCAUGUGGACAAAAGAGUGACGCGAUUCGUCCUCCCUGUUGGCGCCACCAUCAACAUGGACGGCACCGCCCUCUACGAAGCCGUGGCAGCCAUCUUUAUCGCUCAAGUCAACGACAUGGACCUAAACUUUGGUCAGAUUCUCACCAUCAGUAUCACGGCAACGGCUGCCAGCAUCGGAGCAGCAGGCAUCCCUCAGGCCGGCCUGGUUACCAUGGUGAUCGUAUUGACAUCGGUGGGACUGCCCACGGAGGACAUAACACUGAUCAUCGCCGUGGAUUGGUUCCUGGACCGGUUGCGAACUACCACCAACGUCCUGGGCGACUCGCUCGGCGCCGGCAUCGUGGAGCACCUCUCCCACGGCGAGCUGCAGAAUCAAGAUGCCGAGGUGCGCAACUCCGUGAUCGAGGACAACGAGAAGCCCUACCAGCUCAUCUGCCAGGAGAACGACGUGGUGAACCACCUGAACAGCGAAACCACGAUGUGAAGCCCACUUCAAGAGCAUUUGUUUUUAGCUAGAAGGUUGCAAAGAUGCAGCCGAGACAAAAUUCUUGGUCAACUGAGAGAGUUGUUUUUGCCGUCGCAGACACAAAGCUCACAUCUCAAAUAGGGGAAAAAAGGGUCUCUGGGAAACAAGGCGAUGCAAAGCCUGUCCUGGAGUGGCUUGGUGGCAGGAAAUUAAGUACAUAUGCCAUUUAGGAGCAAUUACACAUGCAGCGAUUGAGCCAGAAGCCUUCAGACGCAUCGAGAUUUAUAUAAUUCAUGAUCCUCGCAGUCAAAACGUUGUAAAACCUGCCAGAAUCAGCGCCGGAAAACAAAGUAUUAUCAGAGAGAAACAUCACCAGUCGUUAAAAAAGUCUUAUGAAUGUAAAUGUGCACAUUUAGGCCAAAACUUCUCAUGUUUAAUUCUCAUUAUUUCCUUUACAAACACCUGUUUUUUCCAUCCUUAUCAUGACUACCUCUUAGAGUUUCUACGGCGCCGCACAAGAAGAAAAACAAACUUAACAGAAUGUAAAUACUUCAGUUUGUUCCUGUGUUUAGUUUUGUGUUAUUUAAGUGCCACAAUGUGAUUAUAAAACUGAAUGUUUUUGACUGUUAAAUACUCGAAAAUGGUGAAAAUUGAACUUUUACUACUUUUUAUUUUGAGGUUGAUAUGUUUUAAGUGAUGUAUAGAAUGUUCUGUACACUCAGAUAUUGUAUUAUUAGCAGUAUUUCUUGUAUUUAUUUGGUGCUAUUGGCACAGAACUGUACUGCUACACCGUAAUUUCACAGAAAUAGCUGCAAUAAUACUAAAAAAAAGGAAAUUUUCUCUAUUUUCUUUACUCCAAGCAGCACUUGUUCAGUUAUUUCAACUAUGAAAAGAAAAUAUUCAACAAGCAGAUGAUUGAUUUUUCAUUUUUUUCCAUAUUAAAGUGAACAUAAGUUUUAAGGUUUAUUUUAUUUUGGGUAUUUUUUUUGACUGACAGUCUCAGAAUAACAACUCUGCAAGUUUAAAGAGUCAGAGAGCAUUUUGUGUGUUUAUGUGUCUCAACAUUAAAACAAAAUCACACCUGCCUGUUUGUGUUUUCUGCAUUAUACCUUAUUAUCAAGCAUGUCAUCUGAUUUUGUUAGAUUUUGAUUGAAAUUGUACUUUGCAAGCUAAUCACUGAAUAAUUUUUUAUCGGUUUUGUGAAAAAGUACCGUGAGGAAAAUGCUGUAAGAAUUUGAACAUACAGUUGUUUAAUGCUUUUUGAUGUUUAAGGAGAAAAUAUUGUGCAUCGAUAUGUGAAGUGAACAUUUAAAUACCAUUUACUGAAACCAUAUCUUGACUUUGUGCCACUUUUAUGCCCAUUUAGAGGUUUGACUUUAGUUUCUAAGCUUGAUGUUGUUUUUGCAGAUGUGUUUGUUUCCCAUUGGAAGAACAGCAGCUCAACAUUUUUUGGAUGGAUUUGAAAAAUGUGGCAAAUAAAUGUCUCAGGAACUGAA